CUUGACGGCUUUUCGUCGCGACGGUUCGUUUUACGGCCCGGCGGCGAUGGCGGAGGGAGAGAGGGCGGAGAGCGGCGCCGGUGCAGGAGGGAGCAGCUCCGGGCGGCCGCCUCAGGAAGGGGAGCCGGGGACAAUGGAGCGGGCCGAAUCCCUCAAGACUCAGGCGAACGAUUACUUCAAAGCAAAGGACUACGAGAAUGCCGUGAAGUAUUAUACUCAAGCCAUUGAACUGAACCCCACGAAUGCCAUCUAUUAUGGCAACCGGAGUUUGGCUUACCUGCGGACGGAAUGCUACGGAUACGCGCUUGCGGACGCCACCAAGGCCAUCGAGUUGGACAAGAAAUAUAUCAAAGGCUACUACAGGAGGGCCACCAGCAACAUGGCGUUGGGCAAGUUCAAGGCGGCCUUGCGGGACUACGAGACGGUUGUGAAGGUGAAACCAAACGACAAGGACGCCAAGAUGAAGUACCAGGAGUGCAACAAGAUUGUGAAACAGAAGGCUUUCGAGCGGGCCAUUGCCAGCGACGAGCACAAGCGGUCCGUGGUCGACUCUCUGGACAUUGAGAAUAUGACCAUCGAGGACGAGUACAGCGGCCCCAAGCUGGACGAUGGGAAAGUGACCCCCGAAUUCAUGAAGGAGRUAAUGCAGUGGUACAAGGAUCAAAAGAAGCUUCACAGGAAGUGUGCCUACCAGAUCUUGGUGCAAGCGAAAGAGGUGCUAUCGAAACUCCCCACCUUAGUUGAAACGACGUUAAAAGAAACAGAGAAAAUCACAGUCUGUGGAGACACCCACGGCCAGUAUUACGACCUCCUGAACAUAUUUGAGUUGAAUGGGCUGCCGGCAGAAACAAACCCCUAUAUAUUCAACGGGGAUUUUGUGGACCGCGGCUCGUUCUCGGUGGAGGUGAUAUUAACGCUGUUUGGUUUUAAGCUGCUAUACCCAGACCAUUUCCACCUACUUCGAGGGAACCACGAGACAGACAACAUGAACCAAAUUUACGGGUUUGAAGGCGAAGUGAAGGCCAAAUACACAGCCCAGAUGUUUGAGCUCUUCAGCGAAGUGUUUGAGUGGCUUCCUCUAGCGCAGUGCAUCAACGGCAAAGUCUUGAUAAUGCACGGUGGGCUUUUCAGUGAAGAUGGAGUAACGUUAGAUGAUAUCAGGAAGAUCGAACGGAAUCGGCAACCUCCAGAUUCAGGUCCCAUGUGUGACUUACUCUGGUCAGACCCUCAACCUCAGAACGGCCGGUCGAUCAGCAAACGGGGCGUGAGCUGCCAGUUCGGGCCCGACGUCACCCAAAGCUUCCUGGAACGCAACCAUUUAGACUACAUCAUCCGCAGCCACGAAGUCAAGCCCGAGGGAUACGAGGUGGCCCACGACGGCAAGUGUGUCACUGUGUUCUCAGCCCCCAACUACUGUGACCAGAUGGGCAAUAAAGGUUCCUACAUCCACUUGAAAGGCUCAGACCUGCGGCCGGAAUUCCACCAGUUCACAGCAGUGCCUCAUCCAAACGUCAAGCCAAUGAUGUAUGCCAACUCGCUGCUGCAGCUGGGGAUGAUGUAAACUGCCCGCCCGUCGCCGCCUCUGCCGCUGGCCCUCGCCCCCCUUUCCUCCCCUUUGGUCAGGAGACUCCCAUUUUUGCGCUCAGCAAACGACUCUGGUUUUCCUUUUCUCAAUUAUUAUUAUUAUUUUGGUUACAGUUUCUUCCAGCAUCAUCAUUUAUUACAAAGCGAGAGGGGGGGGGCAGGAGAAUGGAGGGAGAGCGGGUAUUAAUGCCCCGAACAUCAAUUCCAGGGGUUGGGGGGUUGCGUCAGUAACGCACGCCCUUCCACCUCAUACAAAAAAAGGCAGGGCACGGACCCUUCUUUCUCAUUUUCUUUUUUUUCUGUCAAUGCACUAGCGGCACGAGAGGAAACGGCAGCCAGAGUGUAACAAAACGAUUUUUUAAAAAAUAUAUAUAUUGGAAGAUUGUAUUUAUUCCCUACAA